GUGUUGUGCUCAGUACAGUUCAGUUCAGUUGUUAAGAAGUCUGAUGGCUUGUGGAAAGAAGGAGGACUAGAGAAGAGAGCCCUCAAUUAUAUUUCUUAUUUCAUGUCAUCAAAUGUAUCAUGCUGUGAAAUUUUUGAUUUAUUAAUAGCCAAGACGUUACGGAACUGUUGUUAACACCAUACAAUUUUGUACAUAUAAUUAAGUACAAGCUUAAAUGAUCUAUCUAAAGGUUCAACAUAAUCCACAUAUAUAUAUGAUCCAGGUUUCAACAGAAGUUAACCCAUAUUUUAUAGUAAAUAUUUAAUUAAAUAUUACACUGGGUGGGAAAGUACUUUCAGUAAACAUGAAACUCCUGCUUAAGUCUUUCAUCAGAAAAAAGCUGCUCAAGUUCUUAAAGGAACGUGGGUCACAGAGCAGAAUACAUGGCAUUGUGAUACGUUUGAUUAAUACAGUGGUCUUACAACAUGUCCUGCAUCUCACCCAGAACAUUGGAUAUUAAAAAUCAGCAGGUUUGAUAAAGAACUAGGUGUGUGCUUUUAACAGCUGAUAAUAGUGAUAUGAGGAUUUUUUUAUAUAUCAUGUGUUCUACAUGCAGCAUUUAUCCCAUAGAUUAUGAACAUUUAUCAAAUUUAAACAGAGCCUGGUAAACAUUUUGGCCUAAACACAAAAAACCUGAUGCAGGCACACACACGUCACACAGUUCUCCAGAAACACUCCUCCCACUACAAACAAUAUUUUCUUAUAAAUAUUCUCAGCGCCCCAAGAGAACUGCACUUAAUAUCACAGGGUUAAGCACAAAGCUUCACAACCAUGUUUGUAAAAUUUGUGGCUACACUCUUGGCUGUCUUCUUAACCGUGGCAAAUGCUGGUCUUGAUGGAGCACCGGAAAAUGCAGACAUAAACAGCCCAGAAGUCCAAAAUGCCCUGUCGUUUGCAGUCGCUCAGUAUAAUUCAGAGAGUGACAGCAUUUACAUCCAAAAAGUUGUUAAAGUGAUUAAGGCCCAGGUGCAGGUUGUUUCUGGUGUGAAUUACAUCUUCACUGUCGAGAUGGCUAAUACUUCCUGCAAGAAAGAGAAACCUGAAGAAACAUGUGCCAUCAAUUCAGACCCAGACUUGGCAAAGCCUCAUGAAUGCAAACUUACAGUGUGGAGUCAGCCUUGGAUGAUGGACAGCAUGAAGCUUAUUGAGAAUACCUGCUAAGAGAAAUCACAUCCUAUUCUGUGGUCCUAUGGCAAGAGAUUCAUUAACAAUUCUGCCUUAUUCAUCAACCUGUAUUUGGUGAUGCUAAUAAAAGAUUGAGUUGUGAAAUUA